GGUGUGGCGCGAGUCGCGAGAUAGAUAGUGAACAAUUGGCGAGAACAGAAACACACAAAUUUGUGUUCACACUGCUGCUGGAUUAUAUCUUAUAACUAAAAACAAACCAGCCAGUUUGACAAACGUGCGAAGAAAGCAGCGAUUGGAUUUAUCAGAGGGAACAUGCCGCGGCGGAAGGGCCAUAAAUCUCCAUUUCAGCUGAUCUUACAUAAACCCGUAAACACUGAGAGAACUGCAGGCAGUAGUUCAGACGGGACUGCAGAUUCUGAUGACUCCGGAGAUCAUGAGAAGACAGACAGCUCUCACGGUGAAGCCAACCAGCGCAAUAACACCCGCAUGACACGGGCAUCACUGCGCCUGAGCCAGAGCUCUCAAGAUGCUCCUCCGGACGUAAAGCAAGCAGCAGAGAGAGAUGAGUCUCCUCCCAGGACACCCACAGGAAACGCCCCGUCGUCUGAAUCCGACAUCGACAUAUCCAGCCCCAACGCAUCCCACGACGAGAGCGUGACUAAAGACCAGAAAGACUCUGGCAGCGAUCCCUCUCAUCGGCCAAAACGACGCCGCUUUCAUGAGAGCUACAACUUCAAUAUGAAGUGCCCCACACCUGGGUGCAAUUCUCUGGGACAUUUAACAGGUAAACAUGAGCGACAUUUCGCCAUUUCAGGAUGCCCUCUCUAUCAUAACCUCUCUGCAGAUGAAUGCAAGGUGAAAGCUAUCGAGCGUGAGAAACAAGAUGAAGAGCGCAGUCAGGGGCAGAACGAGGAGAACAGGCACGCCACUCGACAUCAGGCUCCAACUCCAAGACAGGUCAGAUAUAAAGAGAAAGUCAUUGAGAUGAGGAAGAGGAGGGAUUCUGGCCUGAGUAAAGAUCAAAAGGAAAAGUACAUGGAGCACAGACAAACGCAUGGAACCACUCGCGAACCAUUGCUGGAGAACAUCACCAGUGAUUAUGAUCUGGAGCUCUUCAGAAAAGCUCAGGCUCGUGCAUCAGAGGAUCUGGAGAAACUACGUCUACAGGGUCAGAUCACAGAGGGCAGUAACAUGAUCAAAACCAUCUUUUUUGGCCGCUAUGAGCUGGAGACGUGGUACCACUCUCCAUACCCAGAGGAAUAUGCGCGUCUGGGACGACUGUAUGUCUGUGAGUUCUGCCUCAAAUACAUGAAGAGCCAGACCAUCCUGCGCAGACAUAUGGCCAAAUGUGUGUGGAAACACCCUCCAGGGGAUGAAGUCUAUAGAAAAGGUGCCAUCUCUGUGUUUGAGGUUGAUGGAAAAAAGAACAAGAUCUACUGCCAGAACCUCUGCUUGCUGGCCAAGCUGUUUUUGGACCAUAAAACACUGUAUUAUGAUGUGGAGCCUUUCCUGUUUUAUGUCAUGACUGAAGCUGAUAACACAGGCUGUCACCUUGUGGGAUAUUUCUCAAAGGAGAAGAACUCGUUCCUGAAUUACAAUGUGUCUUGUAUCCUGACGAUGCCACAGUACAUGAGACAGGGCUACGGCAAGAUGCUGAUUGACUUUAGUUACCUGCUGUCGAAGGUUGAAGAGAAGGUGGGCUCUCCUGAACGCCCGCUCUCUGAUCUGGGCCUCAUCAGUUAUCGCAGCUACUGGAAGGAAGUCCUGCUGCGCUACAUGUACAACUUUAAGGGCAAAGAGAUCUCCAUUAAGGAGAUCAGUCAAGAGACAGCAGUGAACCCUGUGGAUAUCGUCAGUACCCUGCAGUCCCUUCAGAUGCUCAAGUACUGGAAAGGAAAACAUCUAGUUUUGAAAAGACAGGACCUGAUUGACGAUUGGAAGGCCAAAGAGACCAAAAGGGGAAACAGCAAGACCAUCGACCCCGGCUCUCUCAAAUGGACCCCUCCUAAAGGAACCUAAUUGACUUUUUGUUUUUUCAUCCCUUUUUAUGACUCCAUCAUGUCUUUUGCAAUGGCUUCAUCUCUUAGUGUCUCUUUAU